AUGGCAAAAUGUAAUAUAAAAGCUUCUAGUGUUGCCCUAGAAUGGUCAAGUAUUUGUAAAGAAUUGACAUCGCAACAGGCUGUACGCCUACUUCAUAGAUUUACCUCAGGUUUGAUUAAUUUGCCUCCCAAUGUAGAGAAGUUUUCAAGUGAUUUCUGUUCCGGGUUUCUGGAAAAGAGAGUAGCAUAUGAUUUUUUGGAAGGUAAAAAGCUGUUAAACACUAAUAAUUUGUCUUUCCCCAAGUCCUUGGAUAUCCUCCAGAACAAAAUUAUCGAACUCAAUGACAAAUCUCUACUCAAACCCAAAGACGUUUCACUGUCCCUUAAUUCAUACUCUAAAUUCUACCAGAAUUUACACUCGUCCAGAACUUAUAGUCAUUUAUACAAACUUAUUCCAACAGAUAACAUAAAGCGUUACGUUUCUCAGCUUAUGAAAAUAGCAAACAAAAACAUCGAACACAUGAAUGAACAGGAUUUGUCCUUGGUGUUGAACUGUAUUUCAAAGAUUAAUGUUGAUCAUGAUGAGUUUUUGAAAUCUUCAAAUAAACUUCUUAAUAACUCACUUAAGGAAUUUUACAGGAAGGGACUAACACUUGAGGAUGACUCAAAUUCAGAUAAUUUGAUGAAGAACAUGACACCCCAGGGAGUGUCGCUGUUGUUAAACUGCUUCUCAAAAUCGAAUAUUGAGUUAGACGCCAAUGUUUUACACUUUUUCGUUGACGAGUAUGUAACGAAACUAGUUGAAAAGUUCCAGAUUAAUCAGCUGAUAGUGACAAUUAACGCGUUUUUAAAGUUUAAGAUACCACUUAGCAGAGUAUUUAAAGCAGUGAAAACAGCCGAUAGAAUGCUCAAAGAAAGCCAAAAAGAAUAUAACAUGAAGUUGAUCUCAACUUCAUUAUAUACAUUCGCGAAGUAUAACUAUCAACCUGUAUAUUGUUUUCAAAAUGUUGUAUCAUACCUCAAUAGAAUAGAUUUAAAACAUAGUUCUGAGCUUGAACUUGGUAAUAUAUACUAUGCCUUUGGAAAGCUGAACUUCAGAAAUACAAAACUUAUUGACAAAAUGAAUGAAAACGUAUAUCAGAACCUGAAAACGUUUACGCCUCACGGAGUUGUUGGAAUUUAUCACUCUCUGUCUAAGUUGGAUUACAAGAGUAAGCUCUUGAAAGAAAAUGAAAAGUCCAAAAACAUUGAAACUAAGUUUAUUUCAGAAUUUUUAAAGUUUUUUAAAGAUGAUUUGCCUUUUGCAGGUGUUAAUAACUCAAAUUUUAAUAUUCCCGUUGUACCCCUCCACAAUAUUAAUUUCUGCUUCAGUUGCGUAAUCAACAACAUUUUAGACCCUAGAAUCUACAGUUUUUUACUAAGAAAACUUACUUAUAUGAUAGAAAAUGAACCCUCUGGUCCAAUCUUCAAAAUUGGUAAUAUAGUGUUGAACUAUAGAGAAGAACUGGCAAAUGAUCAGGACGAAUUUAAGUUCUUGUCAAAAUAUAUAGGGAUCCAAGGAAUCUAUCAGCUAUAUUGUAUACUUCAACACAUUUUAAACUACGUUGCGAAAGGGCUAGAGAGUAUUGAAUAUUCAGUUUUGGCUUCAAUCAACUCACUAAUGGACCAUUUUAAUAUUAUUUCAACAGGAAAAAGAAGGAAAUUCCUGACUGAAGACCUUAUUUUCGAGCCAAGUAAGGCAGAAGAUGAUGUAAAACUAGAUGAAACAACACAUGUGACUUCUAAAAUACACGAAGAUGUCUAUUCAGUUCUGGAAAAAAUUAUAAAGAAACAAACCGAAGAUAUUGACAAAUCUGAAAUGGAUAGAAAUGGAUUUUUAAGCCAAGAGAAUGCCAAAUCACUUCUAUAUAAGGAACAUGAAGCCUUUCCAUAUACUAUAGACAUUGUUUUAUUUAAAUUUUAA